AUGUCCCUCUCGCUGUGCGCCCCCUGGCGCCUCCUAUACGCUAUACUUCUCACAAUAGCCCUUGUAAACGCCCAACAACCCUCAGAAGAAGACUUCUCUCCGCGAGACACAAUAACACGCGAUGUGUGCAUUCUCGGCGGAGGUGCAACAGGCACCUACGCAGCGAUCCGUCUAAAAGACAUGAAUCAAAGUAUAGUAGUCAUCGAACGCAACGAUCGUCUCGGCGGGCAUACAGAAACCCUAUACGUCGAAAACGGUGGCCACGUCGAUUACGGUGUGCAAGGCGUCUUCAACUACAAUAUCUCGAGGAAUUUCUUCAAUCGACUCGGCGUACAAUAUAAACCGGUCACCCCGGGUUCGCUCAUCAAUAAAUACGUUAACUUCAAAACCGGGCACGAGGUCUCUCAUCCCUCUGGCGUCUUAGACACCGUCGCCGCCCUCCUCGUAUACCGUACUGCUAUCCAGAAAUUCGACUACCUCAAAGACGGCAUCUACAACCUUCCGGAUCCGGUACCAGAAGAGCUCCUCUGGCCGUUUAGCAAGUUCGUCGAGAAAUACAAGUUCGAAGGCGCCCUAAACGUGAUAUACACGUUCGCCAAUGCAUUAGGGGACAUGCUCGCCAGCCCAACGCUAUAUGUUAUCCAACUAUUCGGUAUCUCACAUAUCGACAUCUUCCUACAAGGAGGAUAUAUCACGCCAAACAACGGAACGUACGAACUCUACCGCAAAGCCAGCGAGGAACUAGGAACAGACGUGGUCUACAACAGCAAAGCCACGAAAGCCACGCGGUCUGACACCGAGAUUAAAAUAAUCACCCAAGACACCUCGGGCAAGAAAAUACUCAUCAAGGCCAAGAACCUCCUCAUCACCUUCCCCCCCAUUCCCGAGAAUCUAAAAGGUUUCGAUCUCUCUCCGGAAGAAAUAUCCCUCUCAUCCAAACUCUUCUGGAAAACAUACUACGUCGCCGUUCUCAAGAACACGGGAAUCCCUAACAAUAUAAACGUCCACAACGUCGACCCGGAUGAAAAACCGGGUAAUCUCCCUGUCGCCCCCUUUCAGUGGGCUCUCCAGGAUAUGGGUCCUAAUAACUACCUCGCGAGUAAACUCAUCGGAGACAUGAACUUUACGGACACGCAAGCCCAGGAACUCAUUAUCGGGGACUUAGAUCGCAUGGGGACGGCGGGCACCUUCGAUAUCAGGAAAGAUUGGGAGAUGGCGGCUUUUGGAAACCAUAACCCCACGACGUUGAUGGUGGGUGUGGAUGAUAUAAAGGAUGGGUUUUAUAGCAGGUUUUAUGAUUUGCAGGGUCGGAGGGGCACGUAUUGGACGGGUUUGACGCUUGUUUCGGAUUAUUCGGCUUUGUUGUGGAAAUAUACGGAGUCUGUUGUUGAGAGGAUAGUCAAGGGGGAGUGA